AUGGUCUUCAUCCCGCGCAAGUACCGCCAUCACAGGGUCGUGCUGUACCUGAUGGCCGCCGAGUGCCCGAUUGUGCUGCCUGUGCUGAUCCUCACGGGCAUCGCUGCCCACAACACAUACACCACCAAGCUGUGGCAGGACGGCGCAAAUAAUGGCUUCAACAGCGCCCCGAACCAGGUUGUUUAUGCCCUGACCAACGGCCGCACGUAUAAAGUGCCGAUUGUGUGGAGUUCUCUAUUGUACAACUACGACCUCGUCCUCGGCGUGCUCAGCACUUUCAUCCUACUCACCAAAAUCCCCGUCCACAUUCUGCAUUUCUUCCACCCGCCCUUUUCGGCCAUUGUCCACGGUGCUCUGUGCGUACUAUACGGCUGCGCUGCAGGCUUCCAGGCCGGUUCAGAUACCACAGACUCUCGACACCCGCAAAACGGACCACCAUGGUACAUCACAAAACCCUGCAGUGUGGCCUACUCACCAGGCAACAUUGGGUAUUGCCAACAGGCCAAAUCCCUCUUCGCCGUGACUGUCAUCGCCACAACCAUUUACUUUGCGCAGACCGUGCUCGCCCUGAUUUCGUGCUUUGUGUCCAAGGAAGAAAAAGAGGCGUAUCGCCAGCGCCAACAGGAAAAACAAGAUGAGCGAGACGCCGAAGACCGCGCGCUUCGCGAGUAUGAGGAGAUUUUGAAAUCGCCCGGUUUUGGUCCCGGCAUGCCUCCUGUUACCCCGGGUUUCGUCGCACCUAUGCCAAGUGCUUAUUUCCCUGGAGGAAAUAAUAGCAAUAAUCCUCUGCAGUCUCCAUAUACACCCCGUUUUGGCGGGUAUUAUGCACCAGGAAAGGAUAAUAACUACUCGCCAAUGACCAUGACGCCCGCGACCAACAGCGCCACGAGCGACCUGCCGCUGCGAAAUGCUGCUUCUGUGUUUGAUGCCAAACCAGCAUCCUUUAGCACGCACAUUUCCGUGGCCGAGGUCGAGCAGCAGCCGUAUUUCCCGCCGCCGCCGAAGAAGGCUACCAAAUAA